AGUUUAUAUGCAACGUUAAACACCUAGGUAGAUCAUAUAACGCUAAUAGAAAUAAAAACGAGUGACCAAGUCAUACAAAUUAGCUUAGCAAGCUAGCAGUUUUCUUUAUAGGUUACUGUUCGUUUUCCAAAACAAAGCUAAUAAUCACUUCAGAAGCAUGCAGGGAUAUUACUAACUGUUCAAAAAUACGCUAAAUUAUGUUUAUUUGACAUUUCCUUCAACAAAAAGUACUAUGGUAUAAGCAUUGUUGUUUGGACAUUGAAUCAAGAGCUGAACAUCAUGGCAGAGUACGUCGAUGGCAAGAAGGAUGAAGCAGACUACAAGAGACUACACAGCUUUCCUCUCAUACGGAGUAUAUUUCCUCCACAGCACACAGAUAUGUCUGAGGAGAUGCGGGUGGAGACCAUGGAGCUCUGCGUAACGGCGUGUGAGAAGUUUGUCUCAAAUAAUGAGAACGCCGCCAAAAUGAUAAAGGAGUCUAUGGAUAAGAAGUUCGGGAGCUCUUGGCAUGUGGUGAUUGGUGAGGGCUUCGGUUUCGAAAUUACGCACGAAGUGAAGAACCUGCUUUACAUGUUCUUCGGUGGAGGCUUGGCGGUGUGUGUAUGGAAGUGUUCCUGACACUAAAUGACUGUCUGACAAAACUUUUUUUCAUGUCCUUUCUGACUUUAUAUUCAUUACUGAACAGGGUGCAUUAUUUCAUACCGUUUAUUUAGCGCUUUAUGUUUUCUUCUCUGUUUUAACUGUUCUCUCAAAGCUGACAGGCCAUCUGUUGGUUUUAUUGUUCAUCUCUGUCACUCUUUUUCCAUCUGUCUCUUUUCUGUCUUCUAUCUGUACAUCCUCAUCUGCUUAUGAUAGUUUCCAUUCCUUUCAUUUUAUUUUUCUGAAUCACAAAUUAUUUUUAUAAGACAAAUCUUAUUUUUUUAUUUAUAUGUGAACACACAUGAUCUGUUUUCAAAACUUGUGAUAUUUUAUAGGAGUUGUACAUUUUGCACAGCUGUAAUGUGUAUUUGUUUUUAUUAUUAAUAACUACUGUUAUUGUCUUGUGUAAUAAAACCUUGUUAGAAACUAAUUAAACCCUUUUGUAUACAUCA